CCUGGGACUGACACAUUGUAACAAUGCAACACACAGCGCCUGGGACUGACACAUUGUAACACACACACACACUGGUAAACUCUGCCUGGGACCUGUACAUUACUGGAUUCCAAAGACUGUGUAUCUGGGACCUGUAUACACGCUGCUCGCUGCUCUGGGACCUGUAUACACGCUGCUCGCUGCACUGGGACCUGUAUACACGCUGCUCGCUGUACUGGGACCUGUAUACACGCUGCUCGCUGCACUGGGACCUGUAUACACGCUGCUCGCUGCACUGGGACCUGUAUACACGCUGCUCGCUGCACUGGGACCUGUAUACACGCUGCUCGCUGUACUGGGACCUGUAUACACGCUGCUCGCUGCACUGGGACCUGCACCUUGUACCUGCACCUACCUCACACUGGGAACUACCAGCCAGGAUAUGAGUCCCCGCUGAUCGCUCUGUGACCCCAUCAUCGGGGAUUCGGAAACCUGCUCAUGGUGUCGCCGGUGAUUAGGCCCCCGGAUAACGCGCCCCAUGCCCCUGUGUCCGGCUGAUUGCGUUUAGCUUCCCCGCAGUUGAAGAAAGAUGAAUGAAAAUGACGAGGACAAGCAGGGCCAAGCUGGACAGCUCUUUGAGAACUUUCUCCAGGCCACCACGUGCAAAGGAACCCUGCAGGCCUUUAAUAUCCUGACCCGGCAGCUGGAACUGAACCAACAAGAUCACCGGCACUUCUACACCAAACUCAAGGCCAAAGUCACCAGCUGGAAAGCCAAAGCCUUGUGGAACAAACUCGAUAAGAAGAACGGCCACAAGGAAUACAAGAAGGGGAAGGCAUGCCUGGACACCAAGUGUUUAAUAAUCGGAGGGGGUCCUUGCGGCCUGCGGACUGCCAUAGAACUUGCCUGCCUCGGAGCCAAAGUGGUCGUGGUAGAAAAAAGAGACACGUUUUCCAGAAACAAUGUCCUCCAUCUGUGGCCGUACACCAUCCACGACCUCAGGAGCCUCGGCGCCAAGAAAUUCUACGGCAAAUUCUGUGCCGGGGCCAUCGAUCACAUCAGUAUCUGGCAGCUGCAGCUCAUGCUGUUUAAGAUCGCCCUCCUGUACGGGAUAGAAAUUCACGUCAACGUUGAAUUUACGAAGUUAGUGGAGCCGCCGGGAGAUCAAGAAAACCAAAAAAUUGGAUGGAGAGCCGAGUUCACCCCCCACGAUCACCCGUUGUCCGCGUUUGAGUUUGACGUCAUCAUCGGUGCAGACGGACGCAGGAACACCCUGGAGGGGUUUCGAAGGAAGGAAUUUCGGGGGAAAUUGGCCAUCGCUAUAACGGCCAACUUCAUCAACAGAAACACGACGGCCGAGGCCAAAGUGGAGGAAAUCAGCGGCGUGGCCUUUAUCUUCAAUCAGAAAUUCUUCCAGGACCUGAAAGAGGAGACAGGGAUUGAUCUUGAAAACAUCGUGUAUUAUAAGGACAGCACUCACUACUUCGUCAUGACUGCCAAGAAGCAGAGUCUUCUGGACAAAGGCGUCAUUAUUAACGAUUACGUCGAUGCGGAGAUGCUCCUCGGCUCCGAGAACGUCGACCAGGAUAACCUGCAGAAUUACGCACGGGAGGCUGCCGACUUUGCCACCAAUUACCAGCUGCCGUCUCUGGAUUUCGCGAUUAAUCACUACGGGCAGCCGGACGUGGCCAUGUUUGACUUCACGUCGAUGUAUGCGUCGGAAAACGCGGCACUGGUGCGGGAGCGCCACGGACACCUCCUGCUGGUCGCUCUGGUCGGUGACAGUCUGUUAGAGCCGUUCUGGCCAAUGGGGACGGGCUGCGCCCGUGGUUUUUUGGCGGCGUUUGACACGGCUUGGAUGGUGAAAAGCUGGGCCCACGGCACCCCUCCGCUUGAGAUUAUCGCAGAACGAGAGAGUCUGUACCGGCUGCUGCCCCAGACGACCCCCGAAAAUAUCAGCAAGAACUUUGAGCAGUACACCAUCGACCCCGCGACCCGCUACCCCAACCUCAACUCCAGCUGCGUCCGACCCCACCAGGUGAAGCACCUAUUUCUCACCAGCGAGUUACAGUUGUGCCCCCUGCUGAGGAAUAAUUCCGUCAGGCGAUCGGUGGGCCUGACCAGACACGAGUCAGACAUCAGACCCAACAAGCUGCUGACCUGGUGUCAGAGGCAGACGGAGGGGUACCGCGGCGUCACCGUGACCGACCUCACCAAGUCAUGGAGGAACGGGCUGGCUCUGUGCGCCCUGAUACACAGCUUCCGGCCGGAUCUCAUCGAUUUCGGCUCUUUGAACGAGGAAGACGCCGUCGGGAACAACCAGCUGGCGUUUGAUGUCGCCGAGAGGGAGUUUGGGAUUUCUCCCAUAACCACGGGGAAGGAGAUGGCGGCCACCGAGGAGCCGGACAAGCUCAGCAUGGUGCUGUACCUCUCCAAGUUCUAUGAAUUAUUCCGGGUGACGCCGCUGAGACCUGCCGACUCCUCGAGUAAAGAAAACGGAAAGAAUGAGGACAGAUAUUUCUCCAAACCAUCAAACUUGAUCUUGAAUAAUUACCUCAAUUUAACGUUACCACGGAAACGGGUCCCGAAGGCUGAAAACAAACCAGAAGAAAGUGAUUUGAAUAAGAGGAGGCGGAGGGGGCUGCAGUACGCCGAUGAGCCGACGAGCUCCUCAGGCGGGGGUCUCAAUUUGGGGAGCGAGUGCAGCGACACCAAGGAGGUCAUCAAUCAGAACAAAGUGAAGUCUAUGGCCACGCAGCUAUUAGCCAAGUUCGAGGAAAAUGCACCCAGUAGCUCCCUCCGCAGACAGAAUGCUUUAGCGCUUCCUGAUAACGCCGCGCCAGACCUCCCUCCUUAUGAUCCUCCUGUUAACCCUCGCUUUGCUAAACCCACGGAUCCAACUCCCCGCCAACCUCAGCCCGAACCCCGAAGGCAGUUUCAGACGUUAGCCCGGAGUCAGUCGGUACUCAAAGUGUCCACUCAGCCCCCCCAUGGACCAUCUCCUGUGAGCAGGGACCCGAAGCCUACAGCUAAAGCAGACGGCGGUUCCGUGUGUGCAGACGGCGCAGACUCUGUAGCGUCCGUCUAUCCCGCCGCGCUUGCCCUGUCUGGUAUCCUAGAACGUCUCCAGCACAUUGAGGAGAAAGCCCAGCAGAAAAGAUCUCAGUCUUUAGCAAAUAGAGAAUUUCAUAAAAAGAACAUUAAGGAGAAGGCCGCUCACCUCGCGUCGCUCUUCGGAUGCUCGGAUUUGCCGCAGAAUAAGCUCCCUUCCCCCGACUUGCCCCCUUCUCCAGCUACAAUCCCCUACUUUGACCCCAGCGCUCCUGACUCUUCUCCUUCGCUCUCUCCACCCGCCGCUCCCCACGGCUCUCUGUCUAAGAAGGUUCUAGCGCUGAGUGCUGCCUCCGGUGACGCCGUGACUAAGCUAAAGAUUGGCUUCCCUGACCCUCGGCAGCUGACUGUGGGGAAGGUGUCUCGUGGCGUAGGAGCCGUGGCUGAGGUCCUUGUCAAUCUUUAUAUGAAUGAUCACCGACCCAAAGCAAAGCCUACGGAGACGAAGCCCCCAGAUGAGUCUGCGUCGUCUCCUCUUACCGAGUCUCCUACCUCUCCUGCCUCUCUCUCUCUUCCAAAGGGGUCUCUGCGGAAGGAAUUUCCCGCGGGGAUCGGCGGCAGCGACACGUGCUAUUUCUGCAAGAAGCGCGUCUACGUGGUGGAGCGUCUGAGCGCCGAGGGCCACUUCUUCCACAGAGAGUGUUUCAAGUGUGCCUUCUGCUCCACGAGCCUGCGGCUGGGGGGCUACGUGUUCAGCGCGGAGGAAGGUAAAUUCUACUGCCAGCCUCAUUUCACUCACUCGUUACUAAGCAACAAGCAGCGGAAAAGACGGCCUGACUCAAAGACUCAGGAGGAUAAGACAUGGAGGAGAGAGCAGGCCACGGCGGCAGAGGUCACCACCGACAGCCCGUACAGCGGCUGCAGCGCUUCAGGCGAGAGCUCACCAGCGUGUUUCCACAUUCCAGUUCUAGAUCCGCUGCUGGGCUGAAGCAUCGCCCCCCGUAAGACUCAAAAUGGACCUUUUCAGCUCAUCUCUCUCUCUUUUUUUUUGCGUAAAAUCUUAAAAUCACGUAUUUUGUCAAAUGAAGUGAUUUUUAAAAACCAGAGCUGAUUUUCUGUAUCAGACGCAGUGA